GUUCUAUUUGAGAAUCAGACAAGAUUACAAAGAAGAAGACGCCAUGAGCGGUUGUUAGCUGAACUGUAUUAACAGACAGCAGUUAAUUCGAGUUAAUAGUAGUUUAAUUCAUUAAAGGUUGAACUGGGAGUGUUUUAAAAGAUACUGCUGAUGGUGCGGACUCGGACUGUGGCUCCGUCCUGAGUGGUGAGUCUACGUCACUGACCGCUAAUGUGGCUAACAGAGUAGCUUCACUAUCAACAACAAUAAUGAGUCGCUCUCUCUGGCUGCUUUAAGUAACAGCUAAGCUCAAGAAAGGAAGAGAUGAACUUCCAGGGCAGUCGGAGACGAGGGGAGGAUGGCAUCGCCAUGGUGAUUGACUUCCUGCUGUCAAACGCCCGGCUGGUUCUGGGAGUUGGUGGAGCUGCCAUGCUAGGAAUCGCUACACUGGCUGUGAAACGGCUGAUUGAGCGUGCCGGCCGUGCAGCAGAGGAUGAAAAGGUGAAAGAGAAAAUGGCAGAGAGUUGGGAGGAGUUAAGUUUGGUGACAUCAUCGCCCACACUGAUCACAAAUGGCAUCGAGGGGGUCGUGCUGAAACAUGUCGCCAAAGCAGCCAAACAGCAGAAAGACGACCUGUGCCAACAAUCGCCCGUGUCGUCUCUGGAGGUCUCCGGACCUGAGUCCAAGUCCAGGAGGAUCCAGCUGAGUGUCGUCACGCUGCAGCAUCGUCUGCAGCAGUUCUACCACAGCAGGGCAGCGUUGGCUCCACUGGACGUCCACAGAGCUCAGUCUCUGGCUCUGGACAUCUGCACUGAGAUCCAAGGAUUCCUGCACGGCCGUCAGCCUGACAUGCCUCUGGGAGAGAUGAGUCUGGGAGGUUCUCUGCUGGACGACCUGCAGGUGGUGUGUGCAGACCACGCCUGUCUGCUGGUGCCUCUGCUGCUGGAAGCUUCUCUGUGGCGUCUCAUCCCAGGAGAGGAGACGCUGCUCACACACCCGCUGCACUGGAUGGUCCGCAGAGUGAAUCUGGAAUAUUUCCCCAGAGGACAGAGCUACUGGGACAGGUACCUGGUGGGUGGUUACCUGUCUGCAGAGGCUGUCGUCAACAUGUUCACUAAAGCUGUCAUGGAAACCAUCAACUGGCCGUCCAUCAGCAGCUCCAUGGACUGCAGCGUCAGACCAGUUCUGGGUGGACCUGAGCUGAAACUGGAGAUCAGGCCACAGGACGAGGAUGGAGACGACCAGCCUCUGUUCAUCACCGUGUUGCCUCUGCUGAGGCAGGAGGACGUUGUCCUGACCGCCCAACCGGAGCUCACCUCCCCCUGGGUCAACGCCUGGCACCUCUCACUCUACCCCUGGGAGACUCAGCGUCUGGUUCAACUGGACGCCGCGGACGGCGGGUGUCGCCGACACACGCUCAAAAUCCUGAAGGCGGCGUGCAGACUGAACCACGCCCUGAGACCGCUCCACGCCGCCGCGCUGGCCAACGUGAUCCUGCACCUGAGUGACGGCGAGAGCGACUGGUCUGAGAUCAGCCUGGAGACCAGAUUCCAACAGUGUGUCACAGAGAUGAUCGGCUACCUGGAACAGGGGGCGCUGCAGAGUUACUUUAAACCAGCUGUCAAUCUGCUGAGCGGCUUGUCAGAGGACCAGGUGGACCAGGUGGGCUUCAUGCUCUACUGUGCUGUGUCAGAGCCCGAGAUCCUGCUCAUGUGACCCCUGCACACACACACACACACACAGCUGUCACUCAGAUUAACAGUGUCAUCCUGUAUCAUCCAAAUACGUGGUGUUAGGAAACAGUAGAUUCUGAAAAAUCUGAGUCUCUUUAGCGUGACUUUAUGGCAGAACUGUUGAGGAACAGAGAACAGUUGGCAGGAACCAUGAACUGAUCUGUGCUACGAGGAGGAGGAGGAGCUACGAGGAGGUGACUCUCAGACCGACCUGAUGCUGUUUAGAAUCAUGUGAUCAUCAUCAUCAUCAUCAUCAUUAUUAUUAUGCCAUAAAAACAUCAGUUUGUUUUUUCUAACGUCCAGUUCAGUAUUUCCCGUGGUGUUCGGUUCAUCGUCCCGAUCGUCUCCUCUAAUUAAUCUGCAUCGUUUGAUUAAUUAGUCCACGUUAAACUCAGCUAUGCAGAAGAGAAUCAACAGAGGACGUGAGGACUCUGUGGUCGUCAGACCGUCAGGGUGUGUUUCUGUGUGAACUUGGUUUCAUUUUUAUCUGGUUGCUUUUAAACAGGAUGAAUGUGAGACUUUGUGUUUCUUUCUUGUGAUUAAACAGUGAGAUUUAAGUUAAAAAUAAAAGCACUUGUUUGGA